UACAUUUUAAAAAGUCACAUUUCCCUUUCAGCUGGAUUUGAGGUAACAUUUGUUCUAUUGCCUAGCAGUUUGGGCGGUCAUUUUUGUACAUGUAUUCUUCAGGUACUCCUGCCAUGGCAUUUUUGCUGCCUAGCUCUGGUACAGUUUCCCACCUUAAUCGAGCUCUUGCAAGUUAAUUAUUCAAGUUACAUGGUAAUGAAGGCUAAUAGAUAUUCGUGCACAUAGCAAGACCAUAUUGUUGCAUAAUUCAAUAAUACUAGUUCGUGUGUGUAUUCAAUUAUAGCUUUUGAGAAGAAUAGAUGUAUUAUUAUAGAGAUACUUAUUGCUAUUUAAAACCAAUUAUUAUAAUGCAUGAUUUGGUUAGUGUUGAACAUGACAUUAGAGUUUUAUUACGUAAGCCGAGAAAGACAGAGAGAGAGAGAAGGGGUACCCUAACUUGGGUUUAAAUUUCAGCUUUUUUUUUGGUUGUUUUUUUUUCUCUCUUAUGAUGCCAUGACAAGAACAUUGAAACUUGGUGUUGCAGCUACGUCCGCUUUGGGAGCUACCUAUUGGUAUUACAAGCCUACUGUAGUACCUGCAACCCCAUACAUUCCACCGCCGUUUGUCUGGGACAGCAUACCUAAACCCGUCCUUCAGCAUUUAGAAGGCCAUGACAAUGCCUUAUGGAAAGUGGGUACGACCAUGGUAGUAGGUGUUGCAGGCAUGUUGGCCAAAGGGUUUAUGAAGGCAAGUGAUACCCGUGUGUAUGGACUUGAUAAAUUUAUGGCGAUUGUGGAAGAUCCUAAACGCACACAAGGAUUAAUCACAGUGUCAAAUCAUGAAUCUGUGUUGGACGAUCCAUUUUUAUGGGGAGCGAUGCCUUUGUCCAUCUUUUUCAAGGUAGAAAAGAUGCGAUGGGUAUUGGGAGCAGCCGAUAUUUGUUAUACCACUGUGUUUAAAUCCUAUUUUUUCGCUUGUGGGAAAACAUUGCCAGCGAUCCGUGGUGGUGGUGUGUAUCAGCCUGGUGUUGAUUUAGCGAUAUCGACCCUGAAUCGAGGAGGCUGGGUACACAUCUAUCCUGAGGCCAAAGUAUCACAGCACGGAAAGAUGAUUCGGUUUAAGUGGGGAAUAGGUCGCAUACUGAUGGACAUGGAGAAGGAAGCAAUUGUGGUGCCUGUGUGGCAUGAAGGCAUGCAUUUGGCCAAACCACUGUAUGAAACCAAACUGGUUCAUUUAGGACAGCCCAUCACGCUGGUGUUUGGUGAUCCUAUCGCUUAUUCGGAUAUUCUUGUGCAAUGGAAAAAUGGCUGCUUGUCGGAAAGGGAAGCUAGAAUUCAAAUUACCCAACGAAUUUACGAUGCAUUAGAACAUUUAGAAUCACAGUACAAAAGUAACACAAACCCUAAAUAAAUAAAUAAACCCGGCCCCCACCUAUUUUUUUUUUUAGCUUUUUUUUUUAAACUAUUUUCUUUCUUCUUCUGUUUAUACAACACAAAUGCUUAAAAACUCAUCUUGGAAGCUUGACGAAACGAACUUGGCUAACUUUGGUUCUGACCUUGA